CUCGAUUUAACUAUUGAUGCGUCACGACUUACGCACUUCCGUAGCAGCGUGCUAGCUGCUGGCCAGCUAGUGUGUGUUGCGUGGCUUUGAAUAGUUUUCAGAUAUGGUGAGCGGUCGGACGAGCGCGGUAGUUGUCGGGGUGUGUGGAGCCCUUUUCGUCGCAUACUGUAUUUAUUUUGACAGAAAGCGACGGAGUGACCCUCGCUUCAAGGAAAAGCUACGUGAACGUAGAAGAAAGCAAAAUCUUUCUAGUGACAAGUCUGGACUGGCAAGGCUACCUGACUUGAAGGACGCGGAAGCUGUUCAGAAAUUCUUUUUGGAGGAAAUCCAGCUGGGAGAGGAGCUCCUGUCACAAGGUGACUUUGAGAAAGGUGUGGACCACCUAACUAAUGCGAUUGCAGUAUGUGGUCAACCUCAGCAGCUGCUUCAGGUGCUCCAGCAGACACUGCCGCCUCCAGUCUUCCAAAUGUUGCUCACCAAACUGCCCACCAUCAGCCAGCGAAUCAUCAACUCUCACCCUUUAUCAGAAGAUGACGUCGAAUGAAUUUGUGUGAGAUGAAAAUCUGCUAGCGAUCAGCUAUGUCUUUAACAGAAGAUGACGCAGAAUGAAUGUGUGUGAUUGCGGGUGAGAUGGAAAUCUAUUACUCGGAUUGUCUGACUAUUUCAGACACUGAUAUGUGUGCACUGUUUAGUACGUGUGACUGCAGCUGUGAGCCUGAUACGACAGAGCUCAGGUGACAAUGAUCCCCCUCUAGCAUGGCACUCUGAGGUUAAAGAACGUUCUCGGGGAUACGUUUCUUGAGAGAUGUCAGACACAUUCCAUCUUUCUAAUCUUGUUCCUACCAGAGCUCAUGUUUUCUAGCAAUCUGUUUAUUCUAUUAAUUUCCCUCAAAGUUAAUUAUAUUCUGUGUUUUGGGGGCCUUUGCUGUGUUAUGCACUAAAUAAAAAACAGAAGGUAUGUAAACUAUUUGUUACAUAUUGCUGCCCAGUUUAUGUACAUGUGAAGUGUUUGUAAGUGCCUACACUAAACUCAAGACUUGUUUGUGGAAUAUUGUUUUUGCACUGUCAGUUAAAUGUUUUUUUUAUAUUCCAGUCUUUCAUAGCUGGACAUAUUUUUGUCUGUAAAAUCCUACAAUAAAAUAUGAAAACACUUA